UCCAUUUCCGUCAGUUCCGUUUUGAGUACGUGUUUCAAACUGAACUCCAAUAAGAGCGGGUGACGCAAAUAACGUCCUUUUUGAAAGACCUCUUGUUUUAAAUUUGGAAUGGAUUUAGCUGCGCUACGUACAAAACUUGAAUCUUAUGGUCAGGAGCAUCUUUUACAGCAUUACGAUCGUCUAAAACAGGAAGAAAAAAGUGCGUUUUUGGAUGAAUUAAGUCAUUUAGAUUUUGAUCGCGUGAAGCGAAUUUACGAGCUAAGCUGUGAGGAAGCAAACAACUCUGGAGAGAAACAGAAAACCUUAGAACCCAUCCCUGAAUCAUCUAGUGAUAGCGUUGCUUCUGCUAGUGAUGAAUUGAAAAAUGAGUGGCGAUACGCGGGCCUUAAAGCUAUUGCGGAAAGCAAAGUAGCCGUUCUCCUUCUAGCAGGAGGUCAAGGUACUCGUUUAAAUGUACCAUAUCCUAAAGGAAUGUACGAUGUUGGUUUACCAUCAAGUAAAACCUUGUAUCAAAUCCAAGCUGAAAGAAUAUUGAAAGUUCAGAAACUUGCGGAAGAGCAUACUGGAAAAUCUUGCAUUGUUACAUGGUAUAUCAUGACAAGUGAGCAUACACAAACCUCAACAGAGGCAUUCUUCUUAAAACAUAAUCACUUUGGUUUAAAGAAGGAAAACAUAGUAUUCUUUGAGCAAUAUCAACUUCCAUGUCUCUCACCUGAGGGAAAGAUUAUCCUCCAGGAAGCAGGAAAAAUAGCAAAGGCUCCUGAUGGAAAUGGAGGUCUUUAUAAGGCUUUAAGAGAUAGGGGUAUCUUGGAUGGCAUGAGCAAACGAGGGAUUGAAAACAUUCAUGUGUAUGGUGUUGAUAACAUCUUAGUUAAAGUAGCUGAUCCUAUCUUUAUUGGUUUUUGUCUUUCAAAAUCAGCAAAUUGUGGAGCCAAGGUUGUUGAAAAAGUGCAUCCCACUGAAAAAGUUGGAGUAAUUUGUCGAUUGGAUGGACGGUAUAAGGUUGUAGAAUACAGUGAGUUAUCACUUGAGCUGGCACAAAAACGACAUGAGAAAGGCCACCUUCUUUAUAAUGCAGGAAACAUUUGUAAUCAUUAUUUUACAUUGAAUUUUUUGAAAGAUGUUGUUAGCAAUCAUGAGCAUGAACUAAGACCACAUGUAGCUAAGAAAAAAAUACCAUACAUAGACGAUGAUGGAAAUAGCAUCAAACCAUUGAAGGAAAAUGGCAUAAAACUAGAGAAAUUUGUCUUUGACGUGUUCGAAUUUUCUCAGCAGUUUGCUGUAUUGCAAGUUGUAAGAGAAGAAGAGUUCUCGCCACUAAAAAAUGCCCCAGGAGCUGUUAAAGAUACACCUGAAAUGGCUAGAGAUGCAUUAUGCAAUUUACAUUAUCAAUAUAUUGUUAAUGCUGGCGGUAAAUUUAAGUCCAAUGACGGGAAGAUUUUACCAGAUAUUUCACGCAAAACAGUGGUUGAUGACAGUGUAGAUGGUUCUGGGCGUUUACCUCCAGUCAAAUGUGAGAUAUCACCAUUGUUAUCUUAUGCUGGGGAGGGUCUUGAGAGCGUAAAAGAUCAAAUAUUUCACGCUUCACAGUCUACACACUUGAAAGCAGACGAGGAAAAAAAUAUAUCAAAUGGAAAUGAAAAAACAUCGAAAGUGAAAGAAGCGACAAGUCCUAAACGACGUAAAGGUGAAGAUAUUUUGUAAACAUAAAGUACAACGAAAAUAUUUAGCACUAUAAAUUUAGUUACAAUAAAGCAUGAGAAUAACUUAAGAAUAUCUUAUCUAUAAAAAUUUAUUUUUUAAUCGCUGUAAUGAAAUAGCGACAGAUACGCCAUUUUUCACAUUCACCUCAUAAAAUUCGAAUACGAGUAUAUGAAUAAUUUUCGCCAUCAGUAAACAUGUUUAUUCGUGAAAAUCAAUAAAUCUUUCAAUCUGG